AUGUCUCCAAUCCGAGUCGCCAUUGUAGGCGCAGGCCCCGUCGGCCUCACUCUUGCUCGACUUCUUUUGAACAAACCCAACAUCGACUUUGUUGUCUUCGAGUCUGAAAAGUCUCGAGAUGCACGUGGGCAGGGCGGCUGUCUCGAUCUACACCCAACGACAGGCCUUGCGGCCUUGAAAGAGGCCGACCUCUAUGACGAGUUCUUGGAGAGAGCCCGCUUUGACGGAGAGGCGCUUAUUAUUUGCGACAAGAAUUUUACCAAAUUUGUCGAGCUGUCCGGGUCAGAUGAGAGAUCUUCUCACGGGAGACCGGAGAUUGACCGGGUAUCUCUUCGAGAGAUGCUUCUGAAUUCUGUUCCUCCUCAUAAAAUCCGAUGGGGCUGUCAUUUACGUACCAUUGACGAAGAUCACAAUCUGAUCUUUGACCAUGGCACCGAGACUGGAUUUGACCUGAUCGUUGGAGCAGAAGGAGCCUGGAGUAAGACCCGCAAGCUUGUAUCUGAUCAAACGCCAAAUUAUUCCGGUAUUUCCGGUACUAUUUUCGAAAUUCCUAAUGCCAAAGAGACAGCGCCCGAGUGCUAUAAUCUCACGAACCGUGGAUCUCUAUUUUCAUAUACCGGAGGCAGGGCUAUCAUGUCACAAUAUCAAGGCGAUGGAAGUCUCAAACUUGCUGUCUAUGCCACUCGGCCGGAGAACUGGUCUGAGAAUGCCUCAUUCGAUAUUCAUGACAUUGAAGCCACCAAACAGGCCAUUCUGGAUGAGUGUCAUGACUGGGCGCCUGAACUACUGCAGUACGUGCGAUAUGGUCAAAAUGUCGAGUUCCGGCCACUCUAUAUGCUCCCUAUUGGCUGGUCAUGGGAGAACCGCCCUGGUGUGACGUUGAUUGGAGAUGCAGCACAUGUCAUGACUCCCUUUGCUGGCCAAGGAGUCAAUUUGGGAAUGCAAGACGCCUUGAUGUUGUCUCGAGCAAUCGUCAAGGGGGCAAAUUCAAAAAGCCCCAAAGAUACUUUGCCAGCAGAGAUCAAGUUAUUCGAGAAAGACCUUUUUGUACGGGCUAAGGAGACAGGCACUUUUACGAACGAUAUGAUGACUAUGUUGUUUUUCAGCAGCUCACUUCGAUCCGUCAUUGAAAAGGUCGUUUUACGGAAAUUGACCUUCUAUGACAAGACUAUCCUGCAACGUGCCAAGUACCCACUGAUGACUGCUCUUAUAUAUGGCUACUACUCGCUGUUCAAACUAUGGCAUUAA